AUGGAUAUAUAUUGUUUAUAUUGUUUCAGAUACAUUGAUGUCGGAUCUUAUGGGCGAAAUGCUGAUGGUGGUGUUUUCCAGUACUGUGAUUUAUAUCAUUUACUAGAAAAUGAUUCGUUACUACCAAAAGGAGGAGUACUGGUAGGAGAUGAUGCCUUUCCCUUAAAAACUUACCUUAUGAAACCCUAUUCAAAGGUAAAUCUGACUAAAGAAGAAAAAAUAUAUAACUACAGAACCAGUAGAGCACGAAGAAUUGUGGAAAACGGUUUUGGUAUAUUGGCCAGCCGGUUUCGUAUUUUUCAACAAAAUAUGGCAGUAAAAGUUCCAACAACUAUAAAAAUAGUAAAAGCUGCAUGUGCCAUACAUAACUGGUUACGCUUAACUUCACCUACUACUUACACACCACCAAGCUGUUAUGACUACGAAGACAUUGUCAAUGCUACAAUAAUACAAGGGGAGUGGAGAUCUGAAUUGUCUCAGCUGCCAAGUAUGUUACGGACACGAAUUAACAACAGACCAAAGAAAAUCGCACAACAAGUGAGAGACAGAUACAAGGAUUAUUUUAAUGGAGAGUGGUCAGUGGAAUGGCAAGACAGAAUGAUUAAAUAA